UGAGGCUAGGGAUAUAUGGAAAGGCGGACUAUUACUAGUGGUCCACGGUUGCAGAUGGGUGGAUGGAUGGAGGGUUGCAGGUGGUCACGAUUCACGGUUGUGCAUUGUUGCAUUCACCGCUGCUGCUGCAUACAUAUCCGACGUGUGAGGCUCUCUCACCGCUAACUCUCGCUUCUUCUCCACGAUCCCCACAGUGCACACACACACACACACACACAAAACUUGAAGGCUUCGUUCGAAAUUCAGGCUUCACGCAUUCGCCGCCAAGCCCUGCUGGACGUGCUGAUUGCCAGCAGAGAGCUCGCCGAAGCCAGGAUCGAGCUUGCCAGAGCAUCGAGAUUUGGACCUGUUCAAGGUUUGCCGCGAAGGAUGACUAGGAUGCGCGUUUUCGUAAAUUAAGGAGAUGCCAGUUCGUGACCAGCUGCUUGUGAGUUGCCAUGUUUUGGUAGAUUAUGUCAGCCAGCAUACGGGACGUGGGACGUGGGAUCUCUGCAGCGGAAAAAGCAGCAGCAGCAGCAGCAGCAGCAGCAAGAGCAGCGGCAGGAGUGCAGCAGAGCAAUGAAAAUAUGAUUCCG